GAUUAAGACACAAUGAUUUGAGUUUAGGAUUUUUGAUGUUGGUGGACAGAAAGCCCAACGUCGGAAGUGGAUUCACAUUUUUGAUGAUGUUCACGCAGUGUUGUUCAUUACUUCACUGGCAGACUAUGAUGAAGUGCUGGCAGAAGAUAACAAAACGAACCGCAUGAAGGACUCAAUAAAUUUAUUCAAUCAAAUCUGUAAUAAUGAAUGGUUUUCAAAUACGGCAAUGAUCCUAUUUCUGAAUAAAAUCGACUUGUUUGCUGAAAAAAUAAAGAAGAUCAACAUUACAUGUGCGCUGAGACAUUAUAAAGGUGCACAAGAGUAUAGGCCGGCGCUCGAAUAUAUUACAAGGAAGUUCAUGCAAGUGAACAAAAACUCCAAAAGAAGCAUCUACACACAUGAAACUUGUGCAACUGAUACGACUCAAAUUGGAGUGGUUAUAGAUAGUGUUGUCGAUAUUGUCAUACAACAGACUAUGCAGAAAGUUGGAAUACAAUAG